CGAGCUGUAUGAUUCCGGUUAACAGAAUAAUGUGACCCAAUUAAGUCACUCUCGGGUUUUACCCGACCCGACUUAGAUUUAUCACACGAAGCUUGACUUUUUUUUUUUGUUUUUGGCCCUUUCGUUCGAGUUUCUCUCCAAGUCGAAUCAAUCGAGAAAAGGUGAUAAUCUCUUGUAAGAUGGGAGCUCAAGGCAGUGAGAAGCACCUCGAGGAGUGCACCGUCUCCAAUGCACUAGGGACAUGGGUGUUCUCAGUGGUAGGCGCAUUGGUUGCUAUCCCGGUAGGAAUAAAACGCAAGUCUCUAGGUCCACUCGUGUUCUUCGGCACAACCGGAACCAUGCUCGACAUCAUCAUUGGCGUAACUCAGUGCGAGAGAGAACACGCGGAACACCAAAAGAAGUUGCUCCAAGACUCUCAGAACGCCGAGACAAACAACAACGCAGACACCGAUUCCAUUUCCUAAAAUCUUCUUCUUACAGCUCCUUUUUGCAGUAAGCAAGACUUUUGUUGUCAGAUUUGUUAUGAUCAAAACUUGUUUCAGAACAAAGAAGAAAGCUUUUUGAUGA